AUGCUCCCUGUUCCUGCAGGUGCUGGCCAGAACCCUGUCCGGCAGGCAAGUGUUGCUGCAGGAAUCCCUUACUCCGUGCCCGCCUGGAGCUGCCAGAUGAUCUGCGGGUCUGGCUUGAAAGCGGUAUGUCUGGCUGCUCAGUCCAUACUGACGGGAGACUCCAGCAUCGUGGUCGCAGGAGGCAUGGAAAGUAUGAGCAAGGCUCCUCAUGUCAUUCACAUGCGAGCUGGGGUGAAAAUGGGCGAGGCUUCCUUGCAGGACACUAUAAUCCUUGAUGGCCUUACAGAUGCUUUUUAUCAGUAUCAUAUGGGUAUAACAGCUGAAAAUGUGGCUAAUCAGUGGCAAGUCAGCAGAGGGGAACAAGACCAACUUGCUGUACAGUCCCAAAACAGGGCAGAGGCAGCACAGAAAGCUGGCUAUUUUACAAAAGAAAUUGUUCCUGUUCUGGUACCUUCUAAAAAAGGUCCUAUAGAAGUUAAAACGGAUGAACACCCUCGACAUGGGAGCAACUUGGAAACGAUGGCAAAGUUAAAGCCCUGUUUUCUGACAGAUGGAACUGGGACAGUAACAGCAGCUAAUGCUUCAGGUAUAAAUGAUGGAGCUGCAGCUGUUAUUCUAAUGAAGAAAUCGGAAGCUGCUAGGAGGGGUCUUAUGCCUUUGGCUCGGAUUGUAUCUUGGGCUCAGACAGGUAUAGAUCCAUCUAUAAUGGGAGUAGGGCCCAUUUCAGCAAUAACAAAAGCUAUUGACAAAGCCAGCUGGACUCUGGAACAAGUUGACCUGUUUGAAAUUAACGAAGCCUUUGCAUCACUCUCUGUUGCAAUAGCAAAAGAACUGAAAGUAAAUCCAGAAAAGAUUAAUAUUCAAGGUGGAGCUAUUGCUCUUGGCCACCCUCUUGGCGCCUCUGGUUGUCGCAUCCUUGUUACUCUUCUACAUGCACUGGAACGAACAGGUGGAAAACGUGGUGUUGCUGCUCUCUGUAUAGGAGGAGGAAUGGGAAUAGCCAUGUGUGUCGAGAGAUAAACGUGCAUGAAUGAAUAGCUAGUGCCAACUUAACUAGCUUUGAAACAUUUACUAAUAAACUUCUAAU